AUGAUGAGUAGCUUCGGCGGCUUGCAGAGUGGAGGCGGCCUUAACUACACCGGCAUCGACUGUGUUGACGCAGGAAGCCUUUCGAUCGUAAAGCAGGAACCCACGGUACACACGCUUACUACCGCAGACGGUGGAACGAACGCCGGCGGCCACAACCACCAUUUCCAACAGACAACUUUCAUGAUGGAUGCACUGAGCAGCAACCCGAUGUUGACGACGGCCUCGAUGCCGAUACCGUCCCGCAACACCAGCCACCAGCGCAUGAUGCAGUCGGAUCUAGAUUUUGCAAACGAAAUGGACCAGUUCCGCAGUUCCGGUCAGCUGCUGCACGAUGUGGGUGCGAUGACGACCGGCGGUAAUAAUGCCGGAGGCUUCCAGCCGGGCAGUCUUCCGACACAGCUGGACGGUAUGUUUGGCAUCCCGAGCGGGUGGGAAAAUAUGAUCCUGACCGCGGAAGGCAUCGAUAUUGGGCCGAUGAAUGUGCAGAUGAUGGAUACGUGGAACAACAUAAUUUCUCCUUCUUCGACGGUGUCGUCGGUAACGCCACUGGAUGAUGGAGGCAUUCAGCAGGUGAUGGUCGGAGACACGACUUCGAUAGUGAUGGGAGGUGGCGGAGUUGGUCUUGGAACUGGGCAGCAGCUAAUGGAAGAGUUCGAGGUGUAUCCGCUGGAGGAUUUCAACGAUGGGCUGUUGUGCAACGAUUUGAACACGAUCGACGGUCUGUUUCACGAUGAUAUAACAUUGCUCAGUCAGCCGCUUAGCCAGCAGUCGCCGAAUCUGAGCGGUGACAGCGCCAUCAUUCUGUCGCCAAGUCUGCCGCAGCAGAUACUGGGCCGUUCGUCGACCCAAAGCCUUUCGUCCGGAGGAAUAACCAUCUUGGCGAACGAGAAUACGGUUGGCAGCGUCGGUAGUAACAGCGUUUCUUCGGGCUUUGGACCUGCUACCGGCGGUAUGCAGCUGCUCACUAACGACCCGAUGGUGGCGGCAGGCUACAUCAACACGAACAGCAACAACAGCUUACUGUACGAUGAGCAGACGCGCAUCUCGUCCUCACCGUUCGAGCUGUACACCAAACAGGAACCGGGCAGUGCGGUACAGUCCCCACUGGCUUUUUCGCCCAGCAGCCACGGUUCCAGCCCGUCCAUUUCCGAGGGUGGCCAUCUGAUGGUGCCGCAAUCGUCGUCCGUCGGUUCGAGUGCGAAGAAUUUGCUCCAGCAUCAGUUGCAAAGCUCGUUCAACAACAACAACACACUGUACAAUGGCGGCUCCAGUACGAUCAGUGCCGGAAAGUUGAUAAAGAGUGGUGGUGCCACAUCUCCGGGUAAUAACAACAACGAAUCUGCCAAGAAUCAGAACAUUGGUGGCAGUAACUCAGGGCUGGACGGUGCAAUUCAACAGCAGCAGCAACAACAGAUGCCAUUGCGCGCUUCCCGGCGAGGUUUCAACUUUAGCCGUAACAGCGGUAAUGUCGGCCAGGUGCAGCAUAAUCCCAAGUAUUCCACCCUGCAGCAGCUACUGAUGAGCAACACCUCGGAUCGGUUGAGCAGUGGUGGUAAUCUUGUGCUGGGCCAAUCGGUUCCCGCUGGUAGUAGCUCGUCCGGAUUGCUGUCGGCUGCGGCGCUCAGCCCAGGAGCAGGCAGUUACUCGGGUCGUCGACUGCUGCAGGCUCAGCUGCAGGCGGGAACGACUGCAGCCGUAUCGGUCGGCUCAAAUGCCGGCACUUCCGGCACGUCCAUGUCGCGCCUUUCCUCGUCCGCGCCGACACACAUUUCCGGAUUCGAACAGAUUUGGCAACGGCGCGAACCACGUCCCCAUCUACUGUCAACUGGCAGCUUGGCUGAAGCUGGAUCAACCUCUUCGCUUAGUACUGGCAGUAUCCUUAGCCCGGAGGCACCAGAUUUCUCACACGACGAAGGAUACUCUGACGACAGUGAUCACUAUGAGGACUAUUCAAGCGGUGAAGAUUCCGACAGUGAGGACACGGGCAAGGUGUCGUCGAGUGCCAGCAGCAAAGCGAAGCGCUACUUCUGGCAGUACAAUGUGCAGGCAAAGGGCCCCAAAGGGCAGCGGUUGGUCAUCAAGACGCAGGUGGAGGACCCGCAUGUGCUGAACGCGGUCACCGAUCCAGUGUUCAGCCCGCACUGCUCCGUGCGUGGCAUCAAGAAUCUUCGUUUACAGCACAGCGGCAAGGCGCGAAAGGGCGACGGCAACGAUCUGACACCGAACCCCCGUAAGCUGCACAACAUUGGCAAGGAGCUGGACAAGCUCGGCCGUGUCAUCAACGAUAUGAAGCCGGUCAGUGAGCUACCGUUUAAUGCCCGGCCAAAGACGCGGAAGGAGAAGAACAAGCUGGCAUCGCGGGCCUGCCGGUUGAAGAAGAAGGCCCAGCACGAGGCAAACAAGAUCAAGCUGUACGGGCUGGAGACGGAACACAAGCGUCUCAUGAAUGGAAUAUUCCACCUGAAACAGAUUCUAGUGUCCAAGUGCAGCAAUGCGGUAACGACGGGCGAGAAUGCAGAAGAGUACAAACAGCAACUGGACACACUGGUGCAAACGUCAUCCAAGAUCAAAAUUGCUGGCAAUUCGACUGAGUUCGUCAACAAAAUGCUCGAGAACGUGCGGGCGGGCAACAACAUCAGCAUCGAUACGGUGUUGGAACAUUUCUAG